GCAUGGCUUGAUUACUGUUACUCUUGACAACAUCUGCAAGUUCUCCAUGCCAAGUUUGAGACCCUGGUUUUCGCUCUGUUUUUAAGACCUUGACGAUAUCAUUUUAUCGAAGUUGUGACAAGCACAUACAGAACUCAAAAUGGAGAUUGUGUAUGUAUACACAAAGAGGCGUCAGGAAUUUGGUCGACAAUGCAACUUCUCAGACAGACAAGCAGAGUUGCAUGUGGAUAUCACUCCAGACCCCUCACUGGCAGACAAUUUCAUAGAAAGAAAUCCAGUGGAUACCGGGAUACAAUGUGUCCAGGAAAUGUCAGAACAUGAGAUCAAUACUGAAAGAUUUGAAACAAGUUCAAGGGGAAUAAAUCACACAGAAGGAGGAUGGCCAAAAGAUGUCAACCCACAGGAAGUUGAGCAUGUCACAAGAUACAGGAAGAAGGUGGAGAAAGACGAAAUGUACAUCGCUGCCAUUCAGCAACUGGGAACUAUCAUGGAACACACAAUCAGACAGAACAAUGCCAUUGAUAUUUAUGAAGAAUAUUUUGAAGACAUAGAACUUGACACAGUGGAUGAGGCUCCAUCAGCAAAAACAAUAAAUGUAUUUAGAGAUCCCAAUGAAAUCAAGAGAACCUCCACACACAUUUCCUGGUUCCCAGACGGUCCCCGGAAGUUGGCAGUUGCAUACUCUAACCUGGAAUUCCAAGGCAACACACCCGACACAAGCAUGGAGUCAUACAUCUGGGAUGUGGAAAACCCAAACAAACCAGAGACAGUUUUAAAACCAGUAUCGCCAUUAGUGUGUUUGGAAUACAACCCCAAAGACUCCCACAUUCUGCUUGGAGGCUGUUAUAAUGGUCAAAUUGCAUACUGGGACACAAGGAAGGGAUCUCAGCCCGUGGAAAUGUCUCCUAUUGAACACAGUCACAGAGAUCCAGCCUACAAGGCCAUCUGGAUUCAGUCCAAAACAGGAACCGAGUGUUUCUCUGCCUCCUCAGAUGGACAGGUGCUUUGGUGGGACAUCAGAAAGAUGGGAGAACCAACAGAAAAACUCUACCUAGAUCCAACCAAAAAACAGGACCCAACCAAAGCUCUGGGAUCAAUGGCAUUGGAAUAUGAACCAACAAUGCCCACAAAAUUCAUGGUAGGGUGUGAACAAGGGUCAAUAUUAUCAUGCAACAGGAAAGCCAAGACACCUGCAGAAAAGAUUGUAGCUCAAUAUAAUGGUCACUUAGGUCCAGUGUACUCACUUCAACGAAAUCCAUUCUUCCCCAAGAACUUCCUCAGUGUUGGUGACUGGAAAGCUAGGAUCUGGUCAGAAGAUAUUAAAGAAUCCUCCAUCAUGUGGUCAAAACAAUACAAAUCCUAUCUAACUGAUGGCUGCUGGAGUCCUGUUAGACCCUCAGUGUUCCUCGUCACAAAAAUGGAUGGCACCCUUGAUGUUUGGGACAUUAUCUUUAAACAGAACGACCCAACACUCAGUUUACAGGUUUGUGAUGAGCCUUUACACAGUCUGAGGGUACAGGAACAGGGUCGAUUAAUUGCCUGCGGAUCUCAUUCUGGUACCACCACAUUAUUAGAACUCUCAGAGGGCCUGUACACACUCCAGAGGAACGAGAAGAAUUUAGUCACUGCGAUGUUUGAAAGAGAAACAAGGAGAGAGAAGAUUUUGGAUUCCCGACACAGAGAAAUGAAAUUAAAAGAAAGGUCAAAGAGUUCAGCAGAUGGCGCAAAGGAGGAGGAACCCGAGGAGAGCCGUCUGGAGGAGGAAGAUCUGUACACAAAGGCAGAAAAAGAGUUCUACAGCAUCAUAGAGCAGGAGAAGAAAUUACUGGAGAGGAAACAGCAACAGGCUGUCGACACAGACAAGACAGACACUGGCAAACAAUCACCAAUUGCAGAGGGGGAUGAGGAAGAGAAAACAAAUGGAAACCCUGAAUCGGAACAGAAGAAAGAUUAAUGAUGUAGAUUUUUGCCCUGAGAUUUGUAUUGUGAAGCAGCUAAAAGCCAAAGUAAAUUUUUGCCAUCAUAAAAGCACCAUAGUGGGGCUAUAUGUCAGGCUUUUCAUGAGGAAGAUGAAAACUUGAACAAUAUUAAUUUCUGGAGAGACUUCCACAAAAACGAGAACUUGCAGUGAUGCUGUUUUAAAACAUCCGAGUGCUGACAUUGUGAUCAAUCAUCGUCCCAGACACAACACCGACAGUCACAUAGAAAGGACUGCAUUUAAUCUGUUAUUAUGUUUUAUUUGACAAUGUGAACUGUUGUGGGAAAUUAUAUUUAUUUAUACCAUCUUGUUACCAAUAAAUAAUUCUUCAAAAAUCA